AAGCUAUUCACGAAGUAAGAAGAAACGAAUUUGAGCCUUAUGACAUGAAUGGUGGUACGGUAGCAGCAAUCGCUGGGAAAGAUUAUGUAAUAAUUGCAGCUGAUACUCGUCUAACACAAGGAUAUGAGAUACUGAGUCGAAAUGUGUCUCGUUUGCAUCCCCUCACAAGUGUGUGUGUAUUGGGAAAUGCUGGGUGCUGGACAGAUAUGACAACCUUACUUCGAACUCUGGAAUACGAUAUUAAAGAAUACAAAUAUAAUCAUCGCGAAGAAAUAUCAACAAGCGCCGUAGCUGCUCUUCUGAGCAACACGCUAUACAAUCGCCGUUUUUUCCCGAUCUAUGCGUUCAACGUUCUUUGUGGAUUGGAUGAAAACGGUCAAGGGGUUAUUUACAGCUACGACGCUAUCGGUUCGUUCGAGUUAAUGAAGUACGCAGUUCAGGGCUCUGCACAAAGCCACAUCAUUCCCAUUCUUGACAGCUGUGUAGCAAAGAAGAACCGAAACGAGCCCUACGUGGACUUGGAUCGCGAGGAAGCCCUGAAUCUGAUGAAGGAAGUGUUUACUGCGGGAACGGAGAGAGAAAAGGACACAGGCGAUCAGUUGGAGAUUCUGACGGUAACCGCUCACGGGAUCGAGAGAGAAGUAAUGGAAUUAAGGAAAGAUUUCUGUGUUUGUUUGAACUGGAGUUGGCAGAUUUCUAAAGUCAUGCAAAUUCACCAGGUUCUUUUCUUGGUGAUCUUCACCAUCCUCUCUGCUCUCUGGGUUUAUCAGUUCAAGCUGUUCAUUUAUGGACAAGUGGAGGAGAAAGCGCUGGAAACGAUCAAAAGAUGGGCAGCGCCUCCAGAAAGAGUGGAAGGUGUGUUUGUGUAUAGGAUUCUGGAAAGUGGUGAGCGUUUAGCAAACAUGACGUUCCUGUUGUUUUUUACUCUACGAAGGGGUUUGACACGAAGAAAGAAGUGCUAUUUUCCGUCCCGAGUACAGAGACGCCCCAUGAAGACGUUGUUCCAGAUAUAG